AUUGUGCUUUGUCUCCAUCGCCAACUCUGCCAUGUGCCACUUUACAGGUCUCCUCACACUGCUGGUGUGUUGAAUUUUUGACAAUAGGGGUGCUGGCAGCUUAGGGCUCCGCCAACGCUGGCUGCCACGGGCCCCUAAUUGCUUGGGCCCUAUACCACCUCCUCAUGCUGCUGUUGCCAAGUCCCGAGUCUCUCAUGGGUCCUGUACGGCCUCCCAUUGUUCUGUCUCCAUCCGCCACACUUUGCUUGCCAUGUGCCACUUUCAGGUCUCCUCACACUGCUGGUGUGUUGAAUUUUUUG